GUUCGUAAAUAAACCAAGAUGGCGGAGCUUCAUGUCAUCGGGGAAAUCAUAGGAGCAAGUGGUUUCCCCUCGCAUAAUCUUUACUGUAAAUGGUCUGUACAUGUUGAAGGAUCAUGGAAGCUUAUAGCUGGCCACAAGGAAGGUCAAACUCAAGUGGACAAUCCUCAAAAUGAAGAAAAAGCUGUUUGGUGUCACCCAGUGGAUCUUCACUUCGCAACUAAAGGCCUCAAAGGAUGGCCGAAGUUUCACUUUCAAGUUUGGCACCAGGAUAUGUACGGAAGAAAUGAAAUAUACGGGUAUGGAUAUUGCCAUGUCCCUACUUCACCAGGAACGCAUAUGGUUGAUUGUGUGACGUGGAGGCCAUCAGGAAGCUGGAGAGAACAAAUGAGGACUUUUUUUGUUGGCGGAGCCCCACAGUUGAAAUCUUCUGACAUUAUUUACAGUGGUAGUGAUCGCUAUCGACUUAAGACUGAAGCUAUGGGGACUGUUCACUUGCAGCUUGGGAUCGUAGCUAGAAAUUUUGAUAAGUUUGGAAUAGAAUGUUAAAGUAUUUAUUAGCUUUUUCGAAAAUUUUGGUAUAAACUUUAGUCCAAGUAUUGCUUAACUGGUAUAAAAUAUGCAGAGCAUUGCUGUUUUGAAAAUARUUUUUAUUGUUUCAGUCUAUUAUGGAAGAGUUUUUACUGGACAUUUUUUUAUUUAUGAUCUAAAACUCAACCAAAGCUGUUUUCAUUUUAAAGAAGCUCAAAGAGGUUUCUGUUUCCAUAGCAACUAAUGAUCACAAGCUUCACAAGUCAACUUCUCAUAAAUAGUUAAAGACAUUUAUGGGCAAAUGUUCCAAUGCUAAACUUGCUUUCUCUUUGAAGAAAUAUAUUGGUUAACUUGUAUCAAAGAGCCAAAAAAAAUUAGGGUACACCGUGCUCCUUUUGGAGAUAAUUUGUGUGAUAAUUUUUUUAUAGAAAACAUUGGAUAACGUGCACUGUAGUCCUUUUCACAGUUCCUUGCAGCACCUUGAAAGGUAGUCAUGCCUUUGCAUCAAAGCGAGACAAACGGUGAGCUUGCAAUGAUAGAGACUUUUUAACACCCUGGACAAUAUUAUUCACGUCUCUAUCAUUGCAAGCUCACUGUUUKUCUCGCUUCAAUGCAAAUGCGUAGCUACCUUUCAAGAUGGCACCAAUAACUGUGAAAGGGACUAUUUGGAGAACUGUGUAGAUAAUAAAAUCUAAAAAAAUAACCAAAGUUAUACUCUUAAAAACUUGGCAAGAAUGCAGUGUAAAAUAAGUAGAUAAACAUAUACUGUACAUAAAAGAAAACUGGGGGUCAA